AUGGAAGAUGUUUUUAUUGAGCAAAGAUUAAAAGCAUCAAAAGCCCAAAUGGAAGAUGACUUGUUGAAACAAUUAAUGAAACCAAAGUUCUUCCAAUCAAUUUUGCUUUUUGGAAACGAAGAUCAAAAUCCAGAAGGAAAUUCUGCAGAUGCAGAAUACAUUUCGAUACUCAGAGAACGACAGAAAAUGCUACAAUCCUAUAUUCCUGCUCCAGAAUAG